GAGAUAUCCGUUUUGCAAUCGUGUGACUAAAUCGCAUGAACAAAUAAUUGCGUGUCACCUGUUCGACUGUCGAGACGGCACAAUACAUAAAGUAAGAAAACGCGAACUAAUCUUUGAGCGGACAGAUCUUCAACGAUGCAAGCACUACUUUUCGCCUUCUGCGUGGCUAUCCUGAAUGGACAGCAGUUUGCAGAUGGUCAGUACAGUGACGGCUCAUAUGUUCAGCCUGCUCAGGUCUCACAGACCUCGCAAACUUCUCAAUAUGCAUUUGCCGCCAGCCAAACUUCACAGUACUCAAGUGGCUACACGACGGCGACACAGUGGCCACAACCAGCGUAUACUACUCAGCAGCGGCAGUAUGACCAGGGUAGCCCACCUGGGACAAGUUCCGGCUAUACUUCUGGUGGUCAGUACGGAGCUGGAAGUCAGUUUGGAAGCACCCAACAAUACGGUGCUUCGACACGGUACCCACAAAGUGCAACGGGAGGAUUCUCUGGACAAGGCCAGUAUGGAAGUACUCAACAGUACGGUGCUUCGACACGGUAUCCACAAAGUGCAACGGGAGGAAUCUCUGGACAAGGCCAGGACGUGUUCUACUCAGGUGGGUCAGGUGGCAGUGGUAUCUCAGGUAGCUCGCUCUCCUUUCAACAAUAUUCAUCCAACAACGGCAACUGCCAGUACGAAGACGGCUUUAUCAUUGAAAAUGGACAGAGGCGGCAAGCUACAGCCCAAGAGGUCGAUCGCAUCUCACAGUACAAACAAUCGCUGAAUGAUUAUAUGAGGGAAGUCAACGGAUAUGUUGGUGAUUGGGUCAGCAACAUGUUCAAAAAUCUUCCAUUCAAUUUGGGUCAAAGUUUUCCAAGAAUGCCGAACAUGCCACCAAUGCCCGAACCACCAUGUCUUUGCAGCGCAGAGACUUGUGCUCAAAUUCAGCAGCAACGAGAAGCUAUUCAACGUCAGCGAGAUGCUAUACAGCAGCAGAUUCAACAACAACAUGAUGCCAUAUUCGGCUCGGGAACGCAGAUCGGUCAGCAGACAAGCCAGUAUGGAUCGGGUGUGUCCUACGGUAGCACAACUCAGUACCACCAGGCGCAAAUGCAGACCCAACAAUAUCAACAAGGAGGAGUCACACAAGGUUACCGCCGAAGCGAAAAGUAAUUUGUAACUAACGGUUGGAUUUUUUAUCAUAAAUGACUUUUCAUUAACAGUAUUACUUUUUUUGAUAUAUAAAUAGCCUGCAGUAGUG